GGUUCACAAUAUGUCAUCCCAGGUUUUAGUUUGGACACUUUUAUCAUUCUCAAUUCCUUAGGGUUCUUUCGAUGUUUCUAAAAAUAUAGUAUCAUAUUUUGAUUCAUUCAAUAAUUGAAAGACAAAAAAAGAAAUCAGAGUCCUACUAUUUUGUAAUAAUUUUUAUCUCACAAACAUGUACACAAAUUUAUCUGUGUUGCUUAACUAAAUUGUGUUAAAGGACUAACCAAUUUGAUUAAAAUAUGUUAUCACCUUUCUGUUAAAUGCUUAGAUGAAGUAGUACUGCAUAGUGUUUGAGGGAAAGACUAAGUAAGAUUACAACUGAGAGACAUAGGUUAAAGUUUAAUUGUGUAAAAAAUAAAGAGAUUGAACUGUCUGACAGACUAGGAAUUGUAACCCCCACUUAUAAGCACAAAGAAAUCAUCGCAAGCUAAACUAAGUAGAGUUAAAUUUUUAACCUCAAAUAUCCUUAGGCAAACAUAAAAUUUUGACCCCUUUCUUGCAUAGUAAAGUUAUGAGAACUAUCCCUUUGUCUUUAUAUUUUCAUUCAGUUUAAUUCAAAUUCAAUUUAUAUGAAAUUUAACGUAAUUCAAUUCAGCGAGUCAUCAAAUUCUGUUUUUAAUUUCCUUCUUUUGAUGUUCAAUUUAUGGAUUUAAAUGCUUUCAGUGGAAUAAUAUUGGAUUUUUUUAACUUUGUAUAGCUGUAAACAUGAGCAAUUUAAGACGAGAUAGAACCAUAGCUUACCGAAUACAUUCCUUCAGCAUCCCUGAUUUGUUUUUCUUUAGCAUCACCAAUUUUUGUAAUGUUAUAUACAAAUGUAAAUAGCUCUUGAUUAACAUAUGGAUGUAACACAUACAUACACACCACAUCUUAGCAUAUAUGUUUUAGCAAAUUUUAACAUUUUCAACAAUGUUUCAAAUCCCGUAGCAACGCGCGGGUACAUUUGCUAGUAUUUUUCUAAUCUUUGGACACUGCUUGAUUUGGUUUGUCAAAUGGUGCAUAAAUUUUCAUACCUGCUUUGUUAAUGUGUGUUAGACCCACCCUACUUUUGAGGUUUUCAUAUGCAAUGCUGAACCGUUUUGUGCUCAAAGUAUAUAACAUUUGUCUUUUCUUUCAAAUUUUUUGGUAAACAAUUUUACCAAAUUUUUCUUCUUGUUUUGUGUUGCAUAUCUUUUGGAUACAAAGUGUAGAGUAUCAAUUUAACGUUUUAAAAACAGCAAGAAACAACACCGCAGCACCGCGUGGGCACUACUGCUAUUUAAAACCGAAAACCCAGAAAUACAAAGGAUUUCUUGUUUAAGUGAGAGAGCGUUGGGGAUCAGUUGAGCUCGCCCUCGUAAUCCCUCAAUCGAGACAGCCAGUUAUGUCUUCAAUGGAAGAAACACCUUCCCCUCCAAAGCGUCGAUUGUCGUGCGCCACCUACUUCGACGCCCUCUGGUUUUGCUAUUCUCCGGUGCAUCAGAUGCAGCAGUAUUAUAGACUUGGGUCACUUGAUAACUGUUCCGGGAAAUGGACUUCUCUGGUUGAUUGCUUGGUUUUGAAGACGAAGAGGUCAUCUGAAGUGCAGGAAAUUUUGGAAACUCGGGAGAAAGGCAAGUCUCACGUCUGGACUUUUCGAACUCCAGAAGAAGCAUCAGUUAACUGGAAAGAACAAUUUGGAGAUUUAGAUGAAGUGGAAUGACUGAGAUUCAGUCCAGCAUUCGUCUUUGCUGCCCCUCUCAACUUUUUCCCCACAAUCGGCGAGCGAUGUGCGCUUACAAUAUUGUUUCUUUUUGUCAGGAAACUCAAAUGAUCUUUGGUAGCAAUAAUAUCAAACAUUUUUUAUCAAGUUGACCGGAUUUUCCUGUUA